CCCCGGCCCGGGCCCGGCGGGAGAGGAUGGCGACGGCGACGGCGGCCGAGUGACGGCGACUAUGGAGCCCGCGCCGGGGCCCGAGCGGCUCUUCGACUCUUACCGGCUCCCCGGGGCCGGCCUCCCGCUCCUCGUGCUGCUGCUCUACGCGCCCGUCGGGCUGUGCCUGCUCGUCCUCCGCCUCUUCCUCGGCCUCCACGUCUUCCUCGUCAGCUGCGCCCUGCCCGACGGCGGCCUCCGCAGGUUGGUGGUCCGCACCAUGUGCGGGGUGCUGGGGCUGGUGGUCCGGGAGCGGGACCCCCAGCUGCGCGACCGCGGCGCCCGAGUCUACGUCUCCAACCACGUGACGCCCUUCGACCACAACAUGGUCAACCUGCUGACCCGCUGCAGCACCCCCCUCCUGUCCGGGCCCGCGGGCUUCGUGUGCUGGUCGCGGGGCUUGUGGAGCUGGACGUCAGGGGACCUGGCGGAGGCGCUGCGGCGGUUCUGCGCCUCGCGGGGACCGCCCCACCCGCUCCUCCUCUUCCCCGAGGAGGAGGCCACCAACGGUCGCGAGGGGCUGCUGCGGCUUCAGCUCCUGGCCGUUUUCCAUUCAGGAGGUGGUGCCAGUCCGCUGACCCUCCGGGUCCACCGGCCCCUGGUGUCCGUGAACGUGGCGGGCGCCUGCUGGGUCUCGGAGCUGCUCUGGGCGCUCUUCAUCCCUUUCACCGUCUACCGAGUGAGGUGGCUGCGGCCCGUCCGCCGGGAGCCCGGGGAGGCCAGCGAGGAGCUGGCGGUCCGCGUGCAGCAGCUGGUGGCCGCGGAGCUGGGCCUCGCCGGGACUCGCCUCACGCCGGCGGACAAAGCCGAACACCUCAAACGGCUGCGCCACGUGGCCCCUCGGGCCCGCGCAGCUCCGCCUUCGCCCCCGGCCCCUCUCCCGGCCGGCCCCGGCCCGGACGGGCGGUUGGCCACGCUGUCCCAGCGGGUCAAAGAAGUCCUGCCUCACGUGCCGCUGGGCGUCAUCAGGAGAGACCUGGCGCGCACGGGCUGCGUGGACGCCACCAUCACCAACCUGCUGGAGAGACCCGCGUCCGCCGACCGGCGCCACCCGCCGCCGCCCCCUCCCCCCGCCCCCGAGGCCGGAUCUCCGGUGGGGCCGGCCCCGCGUGCGGGCAGGGGGCCCGCGACCCCGCCGUCGGCCGGCCCCGACCGCCUCUCCUCCGGCCGGCCCUCCACCCUGACCUUCGCCAAGUCUCCCCGGGCCCGACACGAGAGUCUGCGGGAGCGGAAAGAAGCGCUGUACGAGCAGGCCCGCAGGCGUUUUUUGGAGAAGCACGCCCGGAGACCCGAAGACGGCCCGUGAGGGACGGAGGAGGCACCGCGAGCGCGGAGGAGCCGGGGGCCGCCGCGGAGAGAGGCGCCCGCAGCUGGCGGGGCCG